AUGUCUCAAUCCGAUAGGAUGCGAAGAUCUUCUGAGAAUAAUAAAAGUCCGAAAACUCAAACCUCGCCAACUUUUGAGCAACUUUUACAUGGUGAAGAUUUGCUGUGGUCAUCAAGCAUCUCACCCACAUUAGGAAAGAAUCAUGAUCAAGAAGAGUACAGCAACUACUCUAACAAGAAAUCCGUUCUCGCAAAAGUAAAGGAGAGAGCUAAGAAGUUGCGACACACUCUCAGUGGCAAGAAGAAACAUGGAAACGACCUUCAUGACGAUAAUACGACACCCUCGUGGGGUGUUAGGUUGGAUGAUUUGGACGAAGAAGAUGAUGAUCCCGAAUAUCUUGGAGCCCCAAUGUAUGAAUCGGAACUGGCACCUGAGACUUAUCGAGAGUAUGCGAGGCAGCAUCCACGAGCAAUUCCAGUGGUAUCUGAGAAGCACAAUUUGCCAGGCAGCGUCAAGCACGAAACUGAUCAACAAGAAAAUGACAAAGCCAUGAGCAGAAACAAGACCAUGGGUAGAAGUGUAUCUCUGAAGUUAACCCCAACUCAUAUAGUUACUUCUAAAUUUGCUGGCCUCACUGUUACAACACAAGAAACUGGAAAUCAUAAUGUACUUUCAGAUUCUGCAAUUCAUCUUGGUGAUAUGAAGAAAUUGGGUGAAAGUUCAGUGAUUGGAAAGCAAUCUAGCGGCAGCCCACAAAGAUGGGACAAAGGUGUUUCUGUAAAGGAGUAUUUCUUGAAUAAGUUGGAACCUGGAGAAGAUGAAAGAGCACUUUCACAGGCCAUAACAGAUGCAAUAAGUCCUAGGAAAAAUGUGAAGGAUACAGGUGUGGUCGAGAUGGUGAAGGAAGCUGUAACGUCUUUUUUUCGCCACGAAGAAACCCCCAACUCUGUGACAUCUAAGACUACAACAAAUUCAUCACCUACACUUCUUGUCUCACCCAAGCCGACUUUUACUAAGGAGAAUUCUAUCUCUUCUACCAAUUCACCUACUUCUAAACUUUCCUUCUACGCCAGUGCAAACUCAUCUCCCCGCAUCCCCAUUUCCACCAAUGCUCAUCCAGUUCCAGAAGAAGAAAAUCAUGGAAGGAUUCUCCAGACCAACUAA